AUGGACUUUUUCUGGCUUGGCGCACUUAGCAAGCUCAUUGCUACGAGCAUUACGUACCCACAAAUCGUCAUCAAGUCGCGUCAGCAGGCCAUGUCGAUCGAGUCGUCUGUGGGUAAGAAGAAGGUCAACGUGUGGUCCGCCAUGGCAGAAGUCGUCCAAGACGAAGGCUUCGGUGGUCUUUACCGUGGUAUUUCAUCCAAGCUCUUGCAAUCUAUUCUGACGGCUGCGAUUCUUUUUGCUUCUAAGGAGCGCAUUUACAACUUGACCAAGUCCCUACUCACAAGUGUCUAA